AAGGUGAGAGCUAGCUUUGUUCAUGUCUUUCAUUUUCGUUCUGUUCUUGCUUGUUGCUUUGGAUUUAGGUGCUACUGGUAUACGUGCACAGGAUUCUGUUACUCAGUGUCUGAAACUCCAAGCUAGGAAAGUUGGAUUUAGCUCAUAACCUGAUUUUUAUGCUAGCUGGUAGUGGAACUAGUUGAUCGAUCACUGAUUGAAAUUGAAGCUGAAGCAACUUGAAGAUCGUGUUUGUGACUUGUGGCGCUCUUUGACAUCUUGGCUGUGCAGGUCUAUAUAUUAUUUUAUUGAAUCUUCAGUAUGGCUAGCAUUGGUGGUAUGAGACCGUCAUUUAGUCCACGUCUGACAUAUCUUUCAGCUCAUACAAAUGCAAGGAAGGGUCCAAAGUGUAGAAAAUAUCGUCGAAGUAGAAGUGCUCCUCUUGCUAAUUACGGAGCCGGGGAGGCAAAAUGCAUUGCCUCAUCAGACUCGGUUCAUGAAGAACGUUCCAAACCUUUUAUGCACUUGAGUUUUGUUAAGGUAGCUGUAUUCUUGACUGCCUACUUAGGAUUGGGAACUCUGUGCUUUUCCCUCGCCGGCGACCAGCUGAAGGGUGACAAGACGAAUGCAGUUCUUGAUGCUGUUUAUUUCUGCGUUGUGACGAUGACGACUCUCGGUUACGGUGACCUAGUGCCCAACAGCACUCUAGCGAAACUCUUGGCUUGUGCUUAUGUCUUCGCAGGAAUGGCUCUUGUCGCGUUGAUCUUGAGCAAAGCAGCAGAUUAUUUGGUAGAGAGGCAAGAAUUAUUGCUUGUCAAAUCCUUGCAGAAGCAUCAAAAAUUUGGUGAAGUCCUUAAAGAAGUCAAGACUAAGAGUGUGAGGUACAAAUGUGUUACGGUCUUUAUCAUUCUCUUGGUUCUUAUGACUUGUGGCACGAUUUUCCUAGCAACAGUUGAGAAGUUGGACAUUGUGGAUGCAUUUUAUUGCGUUUGUUGCAGCAUCACGAGCCUGGGGUAUGGAGAUAAGAGCUUCUCGACUGAAGCCGGGCGUAUUUUCGCAGUGUUCUGGAUAUUGUCAAGUACUACCUGUUUAGCUCAGUUUUUCCUCUACAUUGCUGAGCUAAACACCCAGCAUAGACAAAAGGCUUUGGUUGCUAUGAUUCUUACUCGUGAAUUAAGCAAAGAUGAUUUGGAGGCAGCUGAUCUUGAUGAUGAUGGAGUUGUUGGGGCUACUGAGUUUGUGAUAUACAAACUCAAAGAGAUGGGAAAGAUCAACCAAGAAGAUGUCAGACUUGUAAUGAAGGAGUUUGAAGCUCUGGAUGUCGACCAGAAUGGAUCCUUGACGAUUUCAGAUGUAACGCUUGCUCAAUCAUCUACUCCCUGAUCGAAGGUUCAUCGUAUUAGAGAUGGAUCGAUAUAGGCGUAGCUGAUAAAUUUGCUUCAACCAGUUCCUUCAUGAUGCAUUCUUACUCUUUUACGGUAUGAAUAGUCACACAGAACUAAAGAAGGCCACACCAAAAACCCUUCAAAACCUCUUCUGAAAACAUUACAUAGUUGUACCUUCUUUUAUAUUCCAUACUCUUGCUAGUUCAACAAGCA